CUAGCCCUGUGUCCAGUACUGGCCAGAGCCUGGUCUACAGCAGUAUGGGCCAAUGAAGGUUGAGUUCCUGUCCACGUCAGCUGACGACGACGUCAUCACUCGUCUGUUCUGUGUCAAAAAUGUGACAAGGCUCCAGGAGGGCCAGCUAGUAGUGUGUCAGUUCCAGUUUCUGCGCUGGUCAGCCUACCGCGACGUGCCCGAUUCCAAGAAGGCCUUCCUCAGCCUACUGGCUCGCGUGCACAAGUGGCAGAGGGAGUGUGGAGAUGGCCGCACUGUUGUCCACUGCCUGAAUGGCGGUGGGCGCAGUGGGACAUUCUGUGCCAGCACCAUCCUGCUGGAGAUGAUCCAGUACCAGAACAUGGUGGACAUCUUCUACUCCAUCAAGACGCUCCGCAACUCCAAACCCAACAUGGUGGAGUCACUGGACCAAUACCGAUUCUGCUACGACCUUAUCCUGGAGUACUUGGACUGCAUAGAAGAUAGCAUGAGAUAGCAAUGUUCUAUAGCUGGUGCAUCUCGUGGGCUGUGACUGCUGACUGGGUUACAUACCCUGUGACCCCCUCAACAUUUACUUUAUUGUUUGGAUUAAUGGGCCUAAGGUGUUGUGAAGGACAAGAAUAUAAAAAAGGGGGAAAUGCUCCUCACUUUUAACCCUUUAAUGUACAGCUGUGGUUUCCUCCAUUUUAUUGUUGACGAUAUUUGUUUUCAUUUAUGAUACUUUCAGCUUCGUUUUUGUGCGUUUUUGGUAUUUGCCUCUGGACUGGAGCUCUUUUGUGCUAAAUGUUUCUGUGGCGUCAACGAUGGAGAAACAUGAGAGAGUACCUGUGGAGAGGUUACCCUGCCUUUCAUAAUUUUUCUUCAAACAUGGAUGGCCCGGGCAGUUUUUUGUCUUGUUGAUGAGAGUCUGGAGCUAAAAACAGAAUUUGACUCUACAUGGAAGUGUUCCGGUCUCUCCAAGAGCCACAGCAAAUGCAGUCUACUGUGGUGAAUACAAGAUAUCUCUACCACAAACUGCUUUACCGUCCACUAACACUGGGGAAGAUAUAGUACAACUCAAUGGAAUGAUUUCAAUGGGCUACAUGAAAAACAGUGCUUUGCGUAAUACAUUUUCCAAUUUGGCAGUGCUAUGAUAAAUAGAUGAGAGUCAUCGAGACAUAGGAGGAUGAAGUACAAUUUUAUGUGUUUGCCACUUUUUGUGAUGGGCCAACCUGGUAUGUCAUAAGACUGAUCCAAUGCCAAUCAAACGGGAUGCCUAACCUGUCACUUAAUUUAAUCACGUCAAUCCCACAGACUGACUUGAAUCCUGUCUUCACUUUGUUCUACUCCUUCAUGUUGAUACAUGUACAGUGCAUUUGGAAAUUAUUCAGACCCCUUGACCUUUUCCACACU